AUGGCUCAAGCCCCUUCAGCUCCUCCAAUGGGUGUUUCUCAUGCUGCGCCUGCAAAGCCUCAAAAGGAUUCAGGUGUGGCGAAAGUUUUGUCAACGAAUACUGCGGGUUUAAUCAAAGCAUGGGAAGACAGCGAGAAGGCAAAACUGGAAAAUAAGGCAAAUAAAAGAAUAUCUAAUGUUGGAACGUGGGAGCGAAGCAAGCAAGCAAGUAUUGAAGCGCAACAAAGGAAGUAUGAGGAGAAACUAGAAAAGAAGAAGGCAUUGUACUUUGAGAAGAUGCAAAAUAAAAUAGCUGAACUCCAUAAGGAAGCAGAAGAGAAGAGGAUGCUGGUCGAAGUUGCAAGAAAGGAAGAAUGCCAGAAGGUAGUGGAGAUGGCUGAGAAAUACCGUGCAACUGGGCAUGCACCGAAGAAUAAAAUCUUACCUUGUUUUCACCCUUGA